UAUUUUUCAUUAUUCUCCAGAAUUGUGAGUCGGUUGUCCAGUGCUUGCGCGCUGAACAAUUAAUGGCAAAAUUCGUUGCGGUCGUAUGUCCUCGAGGAUUCAGCGACGGUCGACGGAAGGAAUUUCUGCCGGUUUCGACAUUGUCGAGCUUUCUUGAGCUGAAAAUGACUUUUCAUCCGUCGAUGACGAGGACGAUUGCAAACCAACUCGGCUGGCCUAUGAAAGUGCACCUGCUGUCGUUGCGAAGGGUUCGCCUGCGAUCAACACUUCUAGCAGUUUGGUCUCUAAUUGCGACACUGACGAGCUUUUGGGGAAUCUUUGGCAGUCGUGAUGAAAAUGCUUCAAGCUCAUCAACUUGUCUGCCUUGUCAUGGCAUUACCCAGGAGAGCUCGGUGAACACCUCUAUGCGUCUCAAAGGGUUUCAGAAAUCAGAUCCCCUGGAAACUGAGCCUAGUUUUUCCUGCUACUCCUCCAAGAGUAGUCAUCCUCGCAAAAACCAGGGAAAAUUGCCUACCAUAUAUGUCAUUACCCCAACGUACGAGCGACCAGCACAAUUGGCAGAUCUAACCCGGAUGGCGCAAACGCUGGCUCACGUGGCUGAGCUCUUUUGGGUGCUUGUGCAGGAUAGUCGUGAAAGGGAACCCCUCGUCCACGACUUCCUGCGUUACACGAACAUCAAUUACACCUACAUAACUGUCGACGAAAGUAUCCGGCCCAAGAGGAUAGAGAGUCCGACAAAGAAAAUAUUGGAACCGCGAGGAGUGGCUUGUCGGAUGACCGGGUUGGCCUGGGUUAGGAAAUACGUCAGAUCAGGUGUCGUCUACUUUGCUGACGAUGACAAUUCAUACGACAUUCGACUUUUCCACGAGAUGCGAUUGACGAAACGGGUUUCAAUGUGGCCCGUGGGGCUUGUCACCGCCUACGGCAUUUCUUCGCCGAUUGUGGACCUGGAAACGGGCCGCGUGACGGGAUUCUACGACGGUUGGAUCGCCAAGAGAAUGUUUCCUGUCGACAUGGCGGGUUUUGCCGUGACUGUGUCGCUACUUCUUCAGAAACCUCAAGCAAUGAUGCCAUUUAGGCCGGGCUUCGAAGAAGAUGGUUUCUUGAAAAGUUUAGGCGUACAAAUUGGUGACAUCGAGCCAAAAGCAAGCAAUUGUACCAAGGUUCUUGUGUGGCACACGAAGACUCUUACAGAACCGAUUGAUCCUCCGACCGUGUCCACGGACCUCAUCAAGAACACAAACUUGAUAAUUGUGUGUGGUACGACUGACGCGUUCAAAAAGAGAAUGGAAGUACCGAUUGAGAAUCCUUUGCCUUCAGUCCUGGAGAAUUCAGGGAAUAUCGACGGAAGUGAAGUCUGGAGUGAUGAUGCUGUUGAUCUUCCUGGAGCUGAAGAGAACUCAUUUUCAUCUGUUGACGAAGAGGAUGACGAUUCCGAACCGAAACUGAAAUAUGAGCGUUUGGGGAACGAUUUGCGGAAAAUCUUCAUGAAAGAUUCCGCAUCAUGCAUCGCCGUCAAUAGCAGGUUUCUUGUUCUUGGAAGCCACUGGGGCAUGAUUCACGUGUUGGAUCACCUCGGAAAUGCAGCUCGAGGACAUGAACUACAGGCUCAUGCCGUGUCAGUUAACCACAUUUCCUUGGAUUCCGAAGGAGAUUACUUGGCUUCCUGUAGUGAUGAUGGUCGAGUUGUUGUUCACGGGCUCUACAGUGCGGACAAUACUCACAACUUGAGCUUUGAUCAUCCAGUGAAAUCAGUUGCGCUUGAUCCAAAUUACUACAAAUCACGGUCCGGGAGGAAAUUCCUUACAGGUGACCACCAAUUGAUCUUACACGAGAAAACCUUCUUGAACCUGCAGAAACAAAGCGUGCUUCAUUCCGCGGAUGGGCUUGUUCGAACCAUCAAAUGGAAUCGGGAAAAUUUCGUGGCUUGGGCAACUGAUGCAGGCGUUCGAGUUGCGGAUUUGAAUGAAAGGAAAACAAUAAGCUUGAUCAAGCGGGAUCAUGACGCAAAAUACAGACCGGAGCUUCUGCGAUGUCAUUUAUGUUGGCAAGAUGGCAAAACGUUGUUGAUUGGGUGGGCUGAUACUGUCAAAAUCUGCGUUAUUCGUCGAAAUAGGGAACCACCGCAGGCUUAUCGCGAUGCGCCGCAGCACCUCGUCGAAAUUGUCAGCAUGUUCACGACGGAUUUCUUCAUUUGCGGAAUCGCUCCGUUGGUGGAUCCUGGUGGUGGGCUGAGCAGGGGUGGGGAUCUUGGAUCUCAUCUGGUUCUCAUGGCGAUGGCCAAAGAAGAAGGUGUCGUCGUGGAUCCCACCGGGAAAGUGAGCCAGAAUAGUACCUGCAUCCCAGCCCGUGGGCAGAAGUUGAUGCUGACCAUCAUCGAGCCCCGUGUUCACGAUUACACAGAAAUCGUCACUGAUUUACUCAGCGUUCGAAAUUACGCGGAUUAUAAAAUCAACGAUUAUCAUAUGGACUGCUUAAUCGACGAGGGCCUGUUUUUCAUCGUUAGUCCGAAGGAUGUGAUUGUUGCUAAACCGAGGGAUGCUGAUGAUCAUAUCGAUUGGCUACUCGAUCGAUGCAAAUUUGAAGAAGCCCUGAAUGCCGUGGAGAAUUCCGGGAAGCGUGCUUUGUCCGUGUCCAUGUCGGGUGGGUCAACC